AUGGCCAGCCUCCGGAUCGACGAGGCCGCCGGCACCGGCCAGUUCCCGGCCGCCGUCUGGCGGAGCGACAAGGCCAACACCUUCAGUGCCUGGUCUAGCCGCGCCCUCGCCUGGGAGCUCUCCGUCCCGGCGGCGUUCCGGGACCACGAGGCACGCUAUGUGGACGCACACGCCGACCGCCUCACCAUACACUGCACCGUCGACGUCCUCCAUGAGCAAGGCCAGAACUCUGGCGGCUCCGGCAGCGACGGCAAGAACUGUUUCGUUUCCGUGCCGCCGCCGCCAAGCAUCUCCCAGGACUUGCACAAGCUUCUCAGGGGCAACUGCCUGCCCGACGUGACUUUCAUCGUCGAGGGCACCGAGAUCCCGGCGCACAAGCUCGUUCUCGCGAUGCGGUCAUCGGUCUUCCGCGCGCAGUUCUUCUACGGCGACACGGAAGACAUGAAGAAGGAGCGCAGCACGCGGCGCCUCGAGAUCAAGAUCGCCGACAUGACCGUCUCGACCUUCAGGGCCAUGCUCUACUUUAUUUACACUGACGAGCAGCCUAGACCCAAGAAACAGGCAUGCCUUGUUGCCAUGGCGCAGGACCUACUCGUGGCCGCGGAUCUCUACGGCCUCGAGAGGUUGAGGCUCAUGUGCGAGAAGAUACUCUCCGAGAACAUGGACGUCGAUAAUGUCAUGAUGACGCUGAUCCAAAUUCAUGGCAGGCACAGCUGCUGGCAGCUCGAGGCUUGCUGCAUCGAGUUCUUGGCGUCCAACCCGGACGUGUACGGUGCCGUGGAGGCCACGGAGGAGUACAAGGAGCUCGAGAAAGAUUGCGCCGCCUUCAUAAACGAGGUGACCAAGAAAGUAGCGAGGCGUGCGGUGGCCCGCAACUCCUCCCCUCCUUCCAGCCUGCAGCCACACAAGAGCGUGUCGAGGUAUAACCCGAACGCGCUGGUCAGAGGCAGGCACGAUUUCGUGAUCGAGAACUUGAACGCCGUGCGGCAGACCAGACAUGGUGCUGACGACCGAGACAAAGAAUACAUCCGAUCUGGCACUUUCCAGGUCGGCGUUUACGGAUGGGCUAUAGACGUGUACCCAUGGAAGAAAGCAGACGAUGGCAAGGAGCACAUCGGUAUCUACCUCACGCUCAUGAGCGCUCCUGCCGCCGACCAUGUCAACGUCCAAGCCUCGGCGUGCUUCAGGAUCAAUGACCCAUCACCGACAUUCUCCCACCGAGGUCGGGAUCAGUCCUCCGUGUAUACCAGGGUCGGGCACUCGUAUGGCCAUGCGCAUUUCGCCACUCUGGAAUCUGCCGCCACCUCACACGACGGCUCUCUCACCGUACACGGUGAAGUCCAGGUGACCAGCGAGUCCCGCACCAGCACCGCGGGCGCCUACGUCGGAGCCGCGAUCAUCGUGCCGCCAACUGAAUUGGCAUGGCAUCUAGAGCAGCUGCUGGCAAGCCAACAAGGGUCGGAUGUCAAGUUCCUGGUCGAACAGUGUGAGAUCCACGCGCACAGGCUCGUGAUCGCCGCACGCUCGCUGGCCCUCCACAAAGUGGUGGUGGAGUCGGCGCGCAACAUGGCCGAGGACCAUGUGAUUAUCAACGCCAUGAGCAGCAUUGUUUUCAAGGCCAUGCUCCACUUCAUAUACACCGACGAGUUGCCGCCUCAUCUCGACAGCCUUGUCCUCUCUAGAGAUUUUGUCACCGUGACCGGAGAUCUGCUCGGUGCUGCGUGCCGGUUCCGCCUAGAGAGGAUGAAGCGGCUGUGCAUCAACUUGCUGGCUGAGAAAGUCACCACGGUGUCCAACUCGCUCGCCACUCUCAAGGUGGCGCGGUGUCACAACUGCCCGGAGCUAGAACAAUACUGCAGACGGUACAUGGCGUUGCCUCACGUGGCCAACAAAGUAACAGAAACUUGCAUCAGCUUGUUUCUAGAUUCUCAACUAGGUUAG